UCCUGCAUACAAACUAUUCCAAUUCCUACUCCAAUUCCUUACUAUUAUACGCCUCCUUCCCCUCAUUUCUACCACAACCGCCCUUCCUUUUUCUUCUCCAAACCACUUGCAAGUCCCAAAUGAAGUAGGAGCUCUUUUAACAUGGAAGUCAAGCCUUGACCUUAGAAGCCAAUCCCUACUCACAUCAUGGGUUGUUGGUAGCGAUCCUUGCAAUUGGACUGGUAUUGCUUGCGAUGGUGGCCAAAGCAUUACAAGCCUAAACCUUUCAAGUUAUGGGUUAAAAGAAAUAUGUUUGUUGGCAGGAUUCCUUAUGAUAUGGGAAACAUGAAAUCCCUUGAAAGCCUUGAUUUAAGCCACAACAUGCUCUCUGGUCAAAUACCACUGCAAUUUGACGAACUAACAAGUUUACAAAUAUUGAACUUAUCACACAACAAUUUGUCAGGACAUAUCCCUUCUAGUCUUGGCCAUUCUUUGGGUUUGAUAUGUGUUGAUGUAUCAUACAAUCAGUUGGAAGGUCCCAUCCCAAACACAAAAGUAUUUCAGGAAACUCCAUAUGAUGCCUUGAGGAAUAAUAAAGGUCUUUGCGGGAACCAUUCUGGCUUCAACCCUUGCUCCGCAAACAAUCAAAGAGAUCAUAAUCAGAGAAGAAAUUUGCUCUUAAUCAUACUACUACUAACAUUUGGAAGUUUGUCUAUGAUUAUUAGCAUUCUUGUCCUGUUAAUUCUUCGGUCAAGGAGCAUUAGAGAAAAGCCAAGGGGAAUUACUAAAGAUGUGUUGACAAUAUUGAGUUUUGAUGGAAAGAUGGCAUAUGAAAGCAUCAUCGAGGCAACUGGGAACUUUGAUUCAAAAUAUUGCAUUGGUGAAGGAGGACAUGCAAGUGUUUAUAAGGCUGAGCUACCAAGUGGCCAAAUUGUUGCUAUAAAGAGGUUUAAGAAUGCAAUUGGGCAAGAAGACGAACCUUGCGAACUCAAAAGUUUUUCAAAUGAGGUUCGCACUUUGACAGAGGUUAGGCAUCGGAAUAUUGUGAAACUGUAUGGUUUUUGUGCUAGUGAGAGAAAUACAUUCUUAAUUUAUGAGUACUUGGAAGGGGGAAGCCUAGCAGACAUAUUAAAUGAUGGGGAAAAAGCCAUGGAAUUCGGGUGGAUGAAGAGGAUAAAUGUGAUUAAAGCUGUGGCUAGAGCUUUAUCAUAUAUUCACCAUGAUUGUUUACCACCUAUUGUACAUCGGGAUAUAUCAGCUAAGAAUGUUUUGUUUGAUUGUGAAUAUGAAGCUCACGUGUCUGACUUCGGCACAGCAAGAAUAUUGAGUCUUCAUUCAUCAAAUUGGACUUCAUUUGCAGGAACAUUUGGCUAUGCAGCUCCAGAGUUUGCUUAUACUAUGGAGGUGACCGAAAAAUGUGAUAUGUAUAGCUUCGGAGUGGUAGCACUAGAAGUGAUUAUGGGUAAACAUCCAGAAGCACCAAUUCGAUGGUCAACAACUAUGGCAUCAAGAACAUACGUUUGAGAUCUCUGCAGCUUGGUUAUCCCUCACUCCAUCUUUAACAAGCUAGACAAUCAACCCUCCAUGCCAGUGAUGAAGUAGAGAUGAGAAGCUUAGUUUGGUGAGGCCGGGAAGCUAAGCUGUAGAUGGAGAAUUAUAUUAUACAUUACUGAAUCGCUUAGCUUAGCUUGUUGUUGGGGUCAGAUUGGUCGGUAUCCAUCGUCCAUGCUUUUCUUCACUGUUUUAGAGAUCACCAGGCAGUAUCUAAAGUUAAAGAUCUCCUCAACCAACCAAGCCAAAACUGAUUGGGAUGACUCUCUGCUGAUUAGCCUUUUUAAUCAGUCAGCAAGAUGUGUGGAUAAAAUUAAGAGUAUUCCAGUUGCAGAUUUCAAAUGUGAGGACAAGAUCGAUUAUCUGGCCAGAAGAUGAGAAAGGGGAAGCUUGUGGGGAAUCAUCAUCAUGCUCAUAAUAUUUUGUUUUGGACCAAGAUGUGGACACUGCAUCUUCCUCCAAAAAUGAAAUCCUUCAUGUGGCAGGCUUGUUCGAUCUGGAUCUCUUCCUACCCAUGAUGCUCUUAGAAUUAAACUGCAGAUUCAUGUUCUUCCAGGCCAGUUUGUCAGAUUUGCAAUAUCACAUCUUUGUCACCUGCCAGCUUGCUAGAAACUCCUCCUAUCGAGAUGCUGAUAUAUGAUUCCUUCUUGGACUGGUUGGAAAUAAAUUUCAAAGAUGUAGAGGAAACUGUGCUUUGUAGAUUGAUCUCUGCUAUCUGCUGGAAACUUUGGGAAGCAAGGAGUGACAAGAUUUGGAAUCAUCUGGUCAUCUCUCCUGAAACUGUGGUUAGCAUCCAACGCUAGCAUUUCUAAGAAGAUAAUUUACUAUUUUAUGGUUGCACCAAAGUUUCAUUAGCAGAUGUUUAGUUUUAACCAUAAGUAGUGUCAAUCAUAAAACCUAUACAGGCAGAGAUAACAAAAUUCCUGCUCA